UGUGUUAUUUUUGAAUCGACGUUUCCUUUGAUUUGUUUUGGUUGUUGUUUUAGUUUGUUUAUGAAUAAGGUUUUAAUUUAUAUAUUUUUUGUUUGGGAAUUUUUUUUGUAUUUGGUAUUUCUGGGUGAGGUGUUUAUUUAUAAUUUAUUUGUUUCGUUUUUUUUUAUUCUUUGUUGGCUGUUUUUUGGAAUAUUUUUUGAUAGAGAUGGGGAUAUUUAUAGUAAUGGACUUUGA